AGCGCGGUGUGUAGAUAGCUAAACUUCGAAUGGAAGAUAUCUUAUCAGCAAAAUAACAAAGCUGAAAAUAAAAGAAAGCAAUUUAUCGACCAAUUUAACCAUUGAUUAGCACCAGAAGAUGCAUUGCAUUCAAGAACGUUUCGUUUUAUCACCAAUCCAAGAUAUAUUAUUAACCUCAAUUCGUGCAUGAUCAAUCCAAAAUCAUUAUUAAUAUCAUAAUAUCGAUGUAUUAAAUAUAGAAACUCAAUUCACAAUGAAGGUACAUGGAAACAUUCUCAAUUUUGUACGGAAAAAAGCUACUUGGAUAAAACCUCAAGGCUAUAAUACAGGCAUAAACAUAUAUAAUUGCAUUGCUAAAGAAAAAGUCCCAUUAAUAACAAAACAAAAGGGAAUUCUAUCUUGGUAUUCUUGUGGACCUACAGUUUAUGACGAUGCUCACAUUGGUCAUGCUAGUUGUUACUUGAAAAUUGAUAUUCUUCAGCGAAUUCUAUCUAGAUAUUUCAAUUUCAAAAUAGUAACGGCUAUGAAUAUCACAGAUAUAGAUGAUAAGAUAAUUGAAAGGGCAAAGAAGUUGAAUAAGCCCUACGAUGAGAUUUCUAAAUUUUAUGAAGAUAGGUUUUGGGCUGAUUUACGUAAAUUGAAGAUCAGAAAACCAAAUGCUGUUUUGAAGGUCACCGAGAAUAUAUCUGAUAUGAAGGAAUUCAUCAACAGGUUGAUAGAAAAAGGUUUGGCUUAUGAAAAAGAUGGAUCAGUGUUUUUUAAUGUUAAAGAAUAUUCGAAUUAUGGUAAACUAGUGAAUAUAAAGAAGAAUGAUGAAAACCAUGAUUCUCAAAGUUACGAAUUGCCUGAUUGUGUUUUAUGGAAAUCGAAUAAACCUAAAGAACCUUUUUGGGACAGUCCUUGGGGCGAUGGAAGACCUGGAUGGCAUAUCGAAUGCUCUGUAUUGGCAAGCAAGUUAUUUGGUUCUUCAGUUGAUAUACAUGCAGGUGGAAUGGACCUUAAAUUCCCACAUCAUGAAAAUGAAGAGGCUCACUCUUGUGCUUAUCAUUCUUCGUCCCAGUGGGUUAACUAUUGGGUGCAUAUAGGACAGUUGUAUUGCAAAUCGUCAGUUAAAAUGAGCAAAUCUCUCAAAAAUACUAUAAGUGUCAGUUCUUUAUUGGAAAACACAAAAGCUGAUGAGUUCAGGCUUGCUUGUUUGUUGUCUCAUUACCGAAGCAGAAUGGAAUAUAGUGAUGAAUUGUUGAAAAUGGCUGCUAGAGUACUGAAGAAGUACAGAGCUUUCCUGAACAAUUGCGAAAUUUAUUGCAUAAAUAACAAAUGUACAAUAUCUGAUGAUGAAAGUAUUAGAUAUCUUCUGUUAGAAAGCAUAGAAAAUGUUCACGAAGCUUUUUGUGAUGAUUUCAAUACUCCUGAAGUUAUAAAUAUUUUAAAUAGGAUAGUCAAAAUAACUAAUCCUUUAUUGAGCUCAAAAAAUGUUUCAGUUCCUACUGUUAUUGGGUUGAGAAAUUUUGUACAUCAAUUAUUAGAAUUAUUCAACAUCGACAAAUCAGAAGAACAGAUGGACAGACAGCAAGAUGCAGAAGUUUUGGAAAUAUUGAAGAACUUCAGACAAAAUAUGAGGAAAAUUGGAGUAACAACAAGAAAUAGUGAAAUAUUGAGUUUGUGUGAUGAAGUGAGAACUUUGUUAAAAAAUAAGGGUAUAGAAAUAAGUGAUAUUAAUGAAAAGCGAAUGUCUAUGAAUUAAAUAACUUCACAAAAAACA